CAUCAAUGAGAUGAAUAUGAAGGUAAUGGAAUAUCUUCAAGAGACGAGAGUGUAAUUCUACAUAUAAUUCUUAAAAAAUAAUUUUUCGCAUGAUCCAUUCGUACUCAGCCGGAUGAACAAGACCUGAGCAUCGACUAGCUGUCGUUGAAAUUAGAAUAGUAUCAGCCAUUCUGAACUUGGUGUUUGAAAGCGCUGGAGACCGCAUCUAUUUCAGACGACACGUCAAACAAUGCCACACCUUCAUGGCUUCGAGGUCUCAGACGUGCCAGAACCAGGCAAGGAAAGACGAGCAGUCUCCUCACAUACUUAUGGGUUCCACAUCCGCCAUCCACCUAAACCACACCUCUUGACUAACUUCAUCACGCAGGAGGAUGAGCUCUUUCAGACGAUACAUAUGGGAGCCGCUGAAGUUGACAAGGAGAGAUGGCUACUUGUCAUUGACGGCCUCGUACGACGGCCAUUCUCCUUGACUUUCGAACAGCUUUUGAGAUUUCCAAGCACCAGCCUUACUUCGUUCCAUGAGUGCUUCGGCAGCUCCUUAACCCUGCGACCAACAACGUCUGGCGCAUCAGCAACGUCACGUGGACUGGACUAAAGUUGGGAACUUUGCUCUUGAUGGCCGAGCCAACUCCAGCUGCAAACUUUGUCUGGUUCGAGGGUCUUGACUGCGGCACUUUUGCAGGGGUAGAGGCGGACCGUUACCAAAAGGACUUACCGCUCGCAAAAGCAUCAAGUCCAGAAGUUCUUGUCGCAUAUGCCAUGAACGGCGAGCCUCUUGGGCGUGAGAGAGGAGGGCCGGUUCGACUCGUGGUACCUGGCUGGUUCGGAACGAACAGCACAAAGUGGCUUUGCAGACUUUCUAUUCAACAAGGCCGAGCUCCGGGGCCGUACACGACCCAGUUUUACAACAUCGAGGACCCGGACGAUCCGAACUGUAGGCCGGUUCCUGUCUGGGCGGUCGAUGUCAAUUCCAUCAUCACGAAACCGAGCCCGGAAAAGGCUGAGAAGGGACCUCAUGUUGCGAUAGAGGGCUGGGCUUGGAGCCAUGACGGCGUGGUCCGCGUCGAGAUAAGUUUGGAUAAUGGCGAUUCCUGGCUCGACACGCAAGUAGAACCGAGAAAAGAGUUUAGCUGGCAAAAAUUUAGAUCGACCGUUGUGCUUCGUUCCGGAGGCUAUCUGAUCGUUGCUCGGGCUACAUCGUUAGGGAAACGGCGCCAACCACUUGUUAAGCGAAGAAAUCAUGUACACGCUGUGCAAUUCUGCGUUGAGUAAAUGGUCCAUCACUCCUCAUAAGAGCAAAGAUUUUGCCAACGUUUGAAGAUAUAAUAAUGUCUUAUAAAUAAACAUUAUACCGUUUUCGUU